UCCCCCACAUUAACAGCUUAGCACAGCAGCAGCAGCUCCUACAGCAUCCAGCAUCCAGCAUCCAUCCCUGCCUGCCUGGGGAGCAGCAGUCCUACCCGGCGCAGCACCGACGCACGGAGGGGGCGCAUCAUCCAAGUGAUGCCACAGCACCAGUCGCAUUUCGACAACAAAUACCGAGAGUAGAGCCCUAAAGGAGGGAGAGAAAAACCCGCUUCAGCCUCGAAGACAGCAACUGCCCAUGAAGAUGUCUAACGCUGACAUCGUCUUAAACGCCACUGAUAGGAUGGUGAAAUCUGUCCCCUUCCCCCUGAGCCACCGCCUUACAAUGAAGGAAGUGUUCGACUGCGAAGGGAAACCUCGCGUGGAUCUCCUGAAGGCCCACCUCACCAAGGAGGGCCGCGUGGAGGAGGCCGUGGCGCUUAAAAUCAUCAGCGAAGGGGCCGCUAUCCUGCGUCAGGAGAAAACUAUACUGGACAUCGAAGCACCAGUCACAGGUAAAAUCAAGUACUCAGAGCAGGUGUACGACUCGUGUAUGGAUGCGUUCGACUGCCUUCCCCUGGCUGCACUCAUGAACCAACAGUUUCUGUGUGUCCACGGUGGGCUCUCCCCUGAAAUACACACCUUAGAUGACAUAAAAAAGUUGGACCGGUUUAAGGAGCCGCCGGCUUUUGGGCCCAUGUGUGACCUGCUGUGGGCGGAUCCUCUGGAAGAUUUUGGCAAUGAGAAAACCCAGGAAUAUUUCAGCCACAACACAGUGCGAGGCUGCUCCUACUUCUACAGUUAUCCAGCUGUAUGCGAGUUCCUACAGAGCAAUAACCUAUUAUCGAUCAUCCGAGCACAUGAAGCACAAGAUGCAGGCUACCGGAUGUAUCGUAAAAGUCAGACCACUGGAUUCCCCUCCCUCAUCACCAUCUUCUCAGCACCAAACUACCUGGAUGUUUAUAACAACAAAGCUGCUGUACUGAAAUAUGAAAAUAAUGUCAUGAACAUCAGACAGUUCAACUGCUCACCCCAUCCAUACUGGCUGCCCAACUUCAUGGAUGUCUUCACCUGGUCUCUGCCAUUUGUUGGAGAGAAAGUCACAGAAAUGCUGGUGAAUGUGCUGAGCAUCUGCUCUGAUGAUGAACUCAUGAUGAAUGAGGAAGAGGAGAUAUUUGAUGCCAAUGCAGCUGCAGCACGCAAGGAGGUGAUCAAAAACAAGAUCCGUGCUAUUGGGAAAAUGGCCAAAAUGUUCUCAGUUCUCAGAGAGGAGAGUGAAAAUGUGUUGACGCUUAAAGGCCUGACGCCCACUGGCAUGCUGCCAAGCGGGGUUCUCUCUGGAGGCAAGCAGACACUGCAGAGUGCCACCUUGAAUCUAAUCAAAAGUCUUCAUGCAACGGUGGUCAGCGACAAUCAGUGA